AUGGAUCUAAUACAAGGUCUGAUACAGCCUCCGAAAGCUCCGUCUGUUGAAGCGACUAUUCCGACACUAUGCGAAAGAAUCGAGAGCUCGACGUUGUUAAGCGACAGGCGGUCUGCUAUCCUGGGGCUGAAAUCGUUCAGCCGGCAGUAUCGGGAGCUAGUAGUUGCAUCGGGGCUGAAGCCACUGAUUGGGACGCUGAAGCGAGACUACGAAGAUGAGGAUUCGGUGAAGGCGAUCUUGGAGACUCUGCUGAUCCUGUUCCUGCGGGGGGAGGGAAACGAGGACCUCACACGGAACUGGGCAGCACAGUAUUCGAGGCUGCAGGGGGGCAAGUACCCCUCUCCGAUGCUGGUGAAGAAGCAAAUUGAGCAUUUUGAUCAAUUCUCACUGUGGAUUGCUGACGCGCUGACGCAAGGCGAGGACAUUGUGGACUUGCUGGUGCAGCUACUUGAGACAGAUAGCUUCCACGUGCGGCUUUACACGAUCCAGCUGCUUGGUGCAAUUGUGACCACGAGGCCGGAGGCCGGGAAUAGGGCCAUCAUUGCGAUUCCCACGGGGAUCUCGACGUUGGUGUCACUGCUGGACGACGUUCACGAUCCCAUAAGGGAUGAAACUGUUCUUCUGCUGACUGUGCUUGCAAACAACAAUUCACAUAUUCAGAAACUGGUUGCGUUUGAGAAUGUAUUUGAUAGAAUCUUUCGGAUUAUUGCGGACGAAGGGGGCAUGCGUGGCUCACUAGUGGUAAGUGACUGUCUGAACCUGCUUAGCGUCAUUCUAAGAUAUAAUGCAUCGAACCAGUCACUCUUCUUUGAGACAAGCAACUUACCUCACUUGGGCGGCCUGCUAGAUGAAGUUCUUUCUGACGAGGAGGAGUUCUACUGGAACGAACAGCGCGUCACAAAUUUGAAGACCGCGCUCAGCAUUGUGCGCCGUAUGGUGGAACCGGGCAACACGACGACCCCGCGGCACCAGCAGCUGUUUGCAGAUACUAAUAUUCUGAUGAUUAUUCUGCGCCUAACGUUUUUCUACGGAACACCAAAUUCUAUUAGGCCCCAUGCACUGCUAACAAUUGCAGAUAUGGUUAGGGGGUCACCGAAAAUCCAGGCUCAGUUAGGAAAUAUUGAUGUGCCAUACUGGGAUCCGGCUUUACCGCAGGUUGUGCCUAGCUCGGACCCCGUGGUUAUGCCUGUCCUGGACCUACUUUUACGUUGGAUUCUAUUUGCCAACUCUAUACACACAUUUGACAUCAGAACUGCCGCACUCGAGCUUGUAAAAGCAUAUCUGGUUGGUAAUCCAGAACUACAGGAAACUUUUCUCUGUGCGCAAAUUGAUCUAUACAAGAAACAAGCAGAGGUACUGUCCACCGCCGAUCAAAGAACCAGCAUAGUAGCGGUCUUACUUGGAUAUGAUCCGCAUGCAGACCUGAAUCCAUUUAAGUUGUUUUUCUCAGUUGACCUGCUCUUGUUUUUGUUCAAGUCGGAAGAUGGGAAUGCUAAACUACGUGAUUUAUUCCGUGGAAUACAAGAUGGCGACAGUGCGGCCGGUGAAGAAGUGCUUUCAUCUGUUCAAACGGUUGUCGAAUUGUCGGUAGCAUCUAUUUCUUCAAAGGAAUCGCGAAUCCCCAUAUCCUAUCUCAGUUUCCUUAUCGUGUUACUUUUCGAAGAUUUCCAUACGGUAAACGAAUUUUUAUCUAAUGAUUCCAAUGUGAAGUCACUUUUAAACCUUGUGCCAGUUGCACAAGAUGAGGGAAUAACUGUUAAGUGCUUGGUAGUCAUGCUACUAGGUGUAGCUUAUGAAUUUUGCACGUCUUCCUCGCCACUACCACGCGCGCAGCUGUAUGAAAGCUUGGUGGCAACGAUUGGCGUCGAUGACUACACAUCGAAAAUCAAGCAAUUCAAGGAAUGUUCUUUGUUUAAGGAGGUCGUCGAUUCCUAUUUUGAUCCGACCUUUGAUGAGACUGGUUUGCCAAAGAUUUACUUCAGUACCUAUUUCUCGGAGUUAUUUAGGGAGAACUCCUACCGUAUCCAAUCCGCACUGUCCCGUAGCCCAGAUAUAGAUCCAAAUGGCAAGAUAUCCUUUGAAGCCUUUGAGGAGCUACAGCAGAGGUUUACAACUGUUAACAAGGAGUUGUGUGAAUUGUCGUCUAGUAGCAUGGAAGAAAUACACAAAUUAGAACUGGAUCUUCGCAAGUGCCAGGAACAAUACAAGCAACUUAUGAAGGCUAAGCAAGAAUCAGACACGCAGGUAUCUGAUCUAGAUGAGAAACUGGCCCAAUUGAAAACUCAAUUAGAUGAAGCUAAUUCUAAGGUUGAAGACCUUUCGACUAAAAAGACCACUUUGGAAGCCGCUAAAGCUGAUUGUUUGAAGAAGUUGGCAAGCCACGAGGGUCAGGUAAAUUCAUUAAAGAACCGUACAACUCAGUUGGAAAAGCAACUAGCCACAGUAAGCGAGCAAAAAUCCACAGCCGAAGCCGGGAUCAAUAAGAUGAACAGAGAACUUUUUAACUUAACGAAGGAAAAAGACUCCUUAACCGCGGUUAUGAAUAAGUUGCAGAAGGAAGGUGAAAAAAAACUGCAAGAGGCGGAAAAGGAAAAGGUACGUAUUACCCAGCUUCUAAGCCAGCGUGAUAGGGAUAUUGAAAAUCUGAGGAAUGAAUUACAAGACCAGGGAACCCAAAAGAAAAAACUGGAGGAUGAGCAUGCCGGACUUUUAAAAGAAAUUGCAGAUUUGAAAUCACAAUGCGCUAGCCAAGAUUCCCUAAUUCCGAAGUUGAAAGAAAAAUUGAAAACCCUAGCAGAAUCCCUGAAAGAUACCCAAAAUGAGCAUGCUACAUUGCAGAAGCAAGUGGGCAAUAUUCAAGCUACAUCGCAUGCGGAGAUUACGCAGUUGAAUGCUGAACUUCAAAAACUGAAAGACGAAAAUGUCAUUCUUAUUUCAAGGAAGGAUGAGCUGACUCAAGAACUAGAGAAGCUGCAGGCACAGACUGCAGCAGGCGAAAAACAGACGAGCGAUAUUGCCCUAUUGAAUACUCAAAAGUCCGAGCUUUCUGCGAAACUAUCCAGAGCUGAAAAAGAGCUUGUAAACCAGAAGGCUAAAGCUGAGGGACUAUUUCAGGAACGCGCUGAGUUAAAGGAUAAGCUUAAUACUUCCGAAAAGCAGCUUCAGGAGUCGUCGCAAAAACUUUCAAAUGCCCAAUCCGAACUAAAUGAAAUCAGAAGCAGAUUAAAGGCUAACGAGCAUGACUUGAUUACUUCGCGGCAAGAGGCUGAAAAAUUGAAGAAACAAAACCAGCAGCAGUCAUCAAAGAAGGAUAUUCACAAACUUGAUGAACUUUCAAAGGAGGCAGACUCCUAUAAGGCACAAGUAUCAAAACUAUCUGCCGAAUUGGAAUCAACAAUGGGUCAGCUUCAGAAAAGUUCGGUGGAACAAACUGACAGGAUCGAGAAUCUGAUCAAGGAGAAUAAAGACCUGAAUACUACCAUAGCUACUUUGGAGAAAGAGAAAAAGGCACAAGUAGUAGUAAAUGCCCAUCAAGAAAAUGCUAGAGCAAAUAAUAAAGCAGUUGUGGACAAUAAACAGAAGGCUAAAUCUCAACCUGCCACACCACUCGUUAACUCAAAGGUGCAAGAACUGGAAGAACAGCUUGAAGCGUUGCAGAGAAAGUGUAGCGAAAUGGAAACUUUGCAGAAGGAAGUAAAAGAACUAAAGGAAAACGCUACUCAAUUAGAGUCAGAGCGGGAUGACUUGAUGCUACUUGUCUCGGAUCUAGAUGAAAAGAAUCAAAAAUACCGCAGCAGGCUGGAGGAACUAGGUCACCCUGUCAGUUCAGAUGAAGAGGAUGAAUCAGAGAUUGAUGAUAACGAUGAAGAUGAAGACUAA